AUGACCUCUCUCGUGGACGCCUUUGACCUUGAGGCUUUCAACCGAGAAAACAACAAGCAACUGUCUGUUUUUGUCGCCGGCGCCAAACAGAACUCCGACCAGUACUUUCUCGAGUCGGGCGACAAGGUACGGUACUUUCUGGAGAAGGACGUCCUAGACCCAGGAACCAGCCAGCUAACCGUUCCCAAGGAGCGGGCACUGAACAAGAUUGGCCACGCACUGCACUGGCACUGUCCCGCCUUCAAGCAGGUGACCUUUGACCGGAAGGUAGUGCGGCUGGCGAAGGCCAUGGGCCUAGCUGAUCCGGUCAUCGUCCAGUCGAUGAUCAUCUUCAAGCACCCUCAGGUGGGCGGCGAGGUGGUGCCCCACCAGGACGCCUCCUACCUGCAUGUGCUCCCGCAGCCGGAAGGGGCGGUUUUCGGCUUUUGGAUUCCCCUGGAGGAUGCCACGGUAACUGUUUAA